AUGCCUCGCGAAAUUGCCGACUCUGAUGACGAGCUCGAGGCUGCUAUACCAGCGCCUCACGUUAAACAUGUCCGAAGAACAGCAUCCACAAUUGGCAGCAGGAAUGGAGUGGAGCUGCUUGACGCAGAUCCUAUCAUGAACAUCGAUUUUGAUGCCUUGUGUAGCCCGACACAACGCCUCUCGUCCUCUGAUAGAAGUAACGAAAACGCGAUCGACCCAGCGACUUCGCUCAUGCUCGAUUCUAGCACGAAUCGAUUCUUGAACGAGGUCGCUCCUACCCCGUCGUCCGCCUCCCGAGCCGGUUCCCACACCGAAGGCAGCAGAACCACCAGAGAUAUGGGGACCAAAGUUGCGAAGCAAGAUACAAAGGCGAAGGUCGGCAAGAAAAGAGAGCGCACCCAGGCUCAAGAUGGCAUGGCCAAACACUCAAGCCAAGUCAACAGCCCAAGGAAGAGGGCUAGAACAGACUCGAUGUCUCCACGCGUGCCCAAAAGUGCUGCAUCUAUGAAGUACCAUGUCAUGGUCGAUGGUGGAAGUGAUUCUUUGCUCCGCUCAAAAGAGCAAAGGGAAGAGGCACUUUACGAUGUAGCGGGCGAUCUUGAGCCACUGGUCUCAGUUGACCAGCGAACUCAAUACACCUCGCCCUUGGAUCUGAGUCUACACCUCUCGCCCAGCGCCGGCACUGUUAUGCCUAAUAGUGGAGACACAAUAGAAAUCGAUGAACCAUCAGCACAAUCAUAUCUUCCACAUCAGCCAUACAGCGCGCCUACCACCUUUUUUGGUGCUAAUUUACAUGGAGGCACAACAAGUAAGAGCUCAAUGGGCAAUUACCAGUCCUACACUAUCAAUCCUCAUGCUAUUGGUGGUGGUGUGGGUUAUGAGACUAAUCCAUUUGGCACACCAAGCCAAAUCUCGACUGGAGGGGACGAUGAUCACGACCAAAGAGCUAUAAACGAGGUCUUCAGAAGAAGUGCGUCGAACACUACCAUAGCUGGUAUUGUGAACACUGAGCUUCUGUCUGAGAUGCAAACAAGCCCACUCUACGGGUCUGUUGAUGGUCCUGAGGAGCUGGAUAGUGCUAAAGGGAUGCCUCCACAAGCGUCCCCAGAGUUCUCGCCGAUUACUAAUCCGGAUGAUAACCUGACUAUAGAACCUGCACAACUGUUUACUGAGCCUCAGCUACCUACACAUGAUAAAAUCAUUGCACGGGAGAAUGAGGCCCUCAAACCACAGCCUAAAAAAAGAGGAAGACCAAAGAGGAAGGUCGAUGACGUAGGUGUCGAUGGCCAAGAUAACAUUGACGAGCUUCACCUUGAUGACCACAACUUCGAUCGCGCUAUCCGAGCUGGCACUGUAGAUUCAGUCUCCAACAUAUCGGAGAUUUCGCAUGCAUCCACAGGUAGCAAGAGAGGCAGGAAAAGGAAGACGAAAAAAUCUGAAAUGUCCUUACCAGAGGUCCCGCCUAAGAAGCUGCCCUCUAGUGACCUUGGCCUUGACCGGAAAGAUGUGAUUGGUCUAUCACCCGAGCGCUAUAAACCUAGGCCAAGCAGGAGAGCGCGAGGUCGUGGGCAGCCGGAACCUUUAUCUGAAGUGGUACCUAAGGCCGAGGUCAUCGAGACUUGGGACAAAUCUUCAGUGCAACACGAAGUUGACCUUGCUCAAGAUGGAAUACCAACCAUUGAGAAAUCGUCGAACGAACCCACUUCGAUCAAGGGAAAGAAAGGCAAAAAGACCAAGGCCAAACAAUCCAAGAACGACGUUGUGGUGCCUGAGCCCGAGAAGGCGCUGGAUGAUGAGGACGACAAGGCAGAAAGUGAAACCAUCGAUCUGCAAGACAAGGCGAUUGGAGAGACGAUAUCACCAAUACCGGCAGGCAGCGAAGACAUGAAAUCCAAUUUGGGGGUAGAUGGAAUCGAAGUUGCCGUGAAUGAAGACAGCAAUACUCUUGACGAUGACGAAGUCGAGUCGAAAGGCACCAGUCGUCGUGAUAAAGUCACGAUCGAUAUACCUAAAUUAUCGAAACCCAAUGACCACCAGGAACCUGCUCUACCUAUACCUGCGCCUAAGAAGCGUGGUAGAAAGAGAAAGAAGCAGGCCGAAGAACCUGUCGAAGUCCCGGAGGACGCUCAUCAUGAUGAAGACGAGAGGCCGGUGCUGGCAGAGAAGGAUGCAAACGUUCAGCCGAAAAAGGCUAGAGGCUCAAAAUCAAAGCCCAUGUCGAAAGAAGCGGGUCCCGAGGAGAGUGUGGCCGUAGUGGAAGAAGACGAAGAGCAUGCCAAGGAGUCAGUGCAAGCUGCCUCGGAGUCAGCAGACCUUGUGUCCACACCAAUGAAGUCGGCAACCAAGGUAGAGACACCCGUGGCCAAAGCUCCACCCUCUUCUUCGAAGUCGCUCGGUGGCACUCCAUUGCUCAACGCUCGCGCCCGUAUUGGUCUCUCAAAGCGCCACUCUAUCCCUUCACUUCUCCGCAAGGUUGAUCGCAACAAGGAGGCUCCCAGGGCUAUUGAGAGAAAGGAGAAGCUCAACAAGAGACAGCUCGAAGAAAGAGAAGCUGAACGAAUUGCUAGAGAAGAGGCUGAGGCUGAAGGUAGGGAGUAUGUUCCUCCUGAUCAGAUGAGGGGCAAGGAUGGACGGUUGAUAGAGUGGGAUUUCUGA